AUGCAACUUCUCCAGCCAUACCUUGGCGCCCUUAUCUCAGCGUCUCUGAUUGCUUCGCUGCCCUUGUCCUCGCGCGGUGGCUUGCUAUCCCAAGAUCCCCAAAGCUACGGCAGCCGCCUGAUGCGCGAUCCCGUCUCUGCUGCUGAGCGAGGCAGUUUCGCCCACCCCAUUGACACCCAAGAUGAGCAUGCGGCACGAGGGGACACCGACCCAGACCUCGAUGAUGACGACCCCGAUGAUGACGACCUCGACGACGACGAGGAGGAUCUCAUCCCCGGCGAUCUCCUCGAAGGCGACAGCGACUCGGGCGGCGAGAGCGACACCGGAAACGACGCCGUGUCCGUGGCCAACGGGCUGCUCGGCAGCGGCGGCGCCGGCAGCGCCGCGCUCAACAACCGCACGUCGGGCUCGACGGCCGUCUUCUGCAGCCUGUUUGCCUGCGCGUCGGCCGCGCAGUCGGACGGCAAGGUCAGCACCAGCGCCACAGGGGUGUCGACGAUUGACGCCCGUCGCGGCGGCCCUCUUGUCAGCGUCAAGGGGCCGCUCGUCGUCAUCAACGUGUCGCGCACAUCGUCGGUCCGCAAGACUUUGGGUUGA